CGGCCGGCGCGGCGGGCGCGCUCAUGAGGCCGCCGCCGGGCGGAAGGACGCGGAGCCGCGGCCUCUCGCUGGGAGUCCUCGCCCUCUGCGUGGCCGCCGCCCGCUGUCUGCAGAGUCAGGGCGUAUCACUGUACAUUCCCCAGCCUGCCAUCAACGCCACGGUGGAAGAGGACAUCCUGCUCUCGGUUGACUACUCCUGCCAUGGGAUCCCCACCAUCGAAUGGAAGUACACGUCCAGCUGGGGAGUGCAGAAGAUCGUGGAGUGGAAGCCGGGGACUCAGGCCAACAUCUCCCAGAGCCACAAGGACAGGGUGUGCACCUUCGACAACGGCUCCAUCCAGCUCUUCAGCGUGGGCGUGCGGGACUCCGGCUCCUACAUCAUCACGGUGACCGAGCGCCUGGGGAGCAGCCAGUUUGGCACCAUCGUGUUGCACGUCUCAGAGAUCCUCUAUGAAGACCUCCACUUUGUCGCUGUCUUCCUUGCUUUUCUUGUUGCUGUGGCUGCACUGCUGAUCAGCCUAAUGUGGGUUUGUAAUAAGUGUGCCUAUAAAUUCCAAAGGAAGAGAAGACACAAACUCAAAGGUAAUUCUCUGGGCCUUGUGAUAAUUGAUGCCCAUGUUACCUUCUUCUUACCAAGAAAGCACCCCCAGCUGAGUGGCAACUCACAGUCAGUGUGUCUUUUGCUUUGCAGAAAGCACAACAGAGGAGAUUGAGCUGCAGGAAGUAGAGUGUUAGCCAAGGCCAGACCCAGUGACAUUCCUACCUCAAGAGGAAGAUGUGAUUUUCCAACGAAAGGAACACACGUGGCCAGUCCUGCCCGAGCCUUUUGUUCUGCCAUAGCCACACGUUGCUGCUGGGGUAGCUGCAUGUUGACGAAGCUGACUGCCUGGAGCUGGACUCUGGAUUGGACCACGUCAGUCCCAGUGGCGUGGAGGUCAACGAGGAGGAGGGCGGGGCUGUGAGCUGGCGCUGUGCUCAGCCGUGGGGCCGCGGCGGCCCAGUGCCCAGUCUGCUUUCUCACUGCACUCUGCUUGGCGGGGCAGGGGGCACUGGAGGGGUCCCCGUGCCCAUGUGCUUGUGCUCAGUCAUUUCUGACUCUGUGACCCCAUGGACUGUAGCCCACCAGGCUCCUCUGCCCAUGGGAUUCUCCAGGCAAGAACACUGCAGAGGGUUGCCAUUUCCUCCUCCAGGGGGUCUUCCCAACCCAGGGAUCGAACCCGUGUCUCCUGUGGCUCCUUGCCUUGCAGAUGGGUUCUUUACCUCCUGAGCCAUCAAUAAGCCCCAUAGCAGAGGCAGGAGUGUUUCCAGACCAAGCAUGCUGCGCUGUAACAUGCUCUCUGUGCUCUGGUCUUCUCUGCCUGUGGCCGCCUCCAGCUUCUCCUGUGGGGACUGCUGUGAGCACCUCUCAGAGUAGGGAGAGCACCCCCUCCUCCCUGUGGCUUGGAGCUUUAGGGAGAAGAGCUAAAUUUAUUCUGGGGGGACCACCAUUGGGAACAAGGGACAGGGAGAGAAUUGCCUUUCUUUUCCUCUCUCACUCCAGGGUGAAUUAGACUUUCCCUCCUGAGGCCCCAGGGGAGGCCACUGUGAGGAGAGCAGCUCAUCUCCACGCAGGUGGCCCCAUGACAAGCUGGGGACACCACCUGUGUGAAGGCUGCGGCUGCAGGAUGGGCAGGAAAGUCACUGCGGGCUUCAAACCUACUCCCUCAGUCACUCACGCUUCCUAGCACGCCAGGGCCUCGCUGGCUCCCAGCGGGCUGGGGAACACCUGGCCCUCGCCUACCUCACCCUCAAAGUAUCAAGCAAAGCCCACAGUAGCACAGAGCACUCUGAGCAAUUAAAGGAAGCUGUGAAGAAUCUUCCAGAGCCUAGGACUCAAUGAGCGCUGUGCCGGGUCCUGGAGAAAGUCAAGCACCCUAGAGUGCUGGGGCUUCACGUGCCACUGGGGAUGGGCCACAGCUGGCCCCGGCCCUUAGCCUCCGAAGUCACUGGCCACCGUGGGUACCUGUAUUUCUCCAUGCCAGCCUCCUUUCAGCAAGCUCUAAAGCAGGCCUGAAUUUAUCUUCCGUUCUCCUCUUUCUCUCCAACAUCCUUAGCUACAAGUCAAAGGUACCAUUCCGUUUAUUGGUGGAAUUUGACCUUAUUAGCUGUGUCUCCAGCCCUCAACUGCAGAUUCACCCAUUCACACAUGAAGGAGACCUAGAACAUUCUCUUCUCCCUCCCUCCAAGUCCCAAGUGUCCAUAUCACUUCCAGAAAGUUGUCUGGAGACAUCAGUAUGAGGCUUUUGCCUACAUACUGUCUCCAGGGUUACAGCAAGGAAUCUUUUGGGGUUAUGGGAGCUAUCAUCGAUCCAGAGGCAUUACUUGAUUCAGAAUGCCAGAGAGCAGCUAAUCUGCAUGACUGAUUUGUAGCCCAAGUGCAUGACAGACAUGGGUCACCUCAGGCCGCCUCUCGGUCACAGAGGCAUACACAGACACACCUGUGCCCUUUCCCCAUGCAGCAGCCAGUGGAACCAGACCUCCACCACGGAGGGUUUCUUGUACUGGUCUCCAGCACCAUGAGGAAGCAGGAUGAGACAGGCCAGAAAGGAUCAACCUGACUGUCCCUUUUUCACACAGCAAGCCCAUCAGCAGGAAAUCGGAUUAAAUCUAGUUAGCUCCCAGAACCUCUGUCCUCUUGACACCUUACCUGCUUUCCAGAACUCUGCCUCUCAGCUUCUCAGAAGUCAAGGGUGGAAAUCUUCGUAUAAAAGGAGAAGCUGAAAAGAAUACCCAGCGAGAUGUACCAAUCCAGAUAUAAAUUAAAUUUGCUCCCCCACCCCAAAUCUUCAUCAAAGGUUGUUCCUUCAGCUUUCCAUGUCUCUAUUUUGCACUUUGAAAGUUCCCCCAGUUUGAAUAUUCCUGUGGAAAGUUCUUGAUUCUUGAGCCUGGGAGUUCUACUUUCCAAAAAAGAAAAUAUUAAAUCAUAGAGGUUUAGCCACUGAACAUGUUAAACUGUAAGUUAUGUUUCAAGCUGUGAAAAAAAAUAAACUUUUAAAGGCUGAAAUAAAACCUAAAAA